AUGUCCGACUACGAGGAUGAGAUGGACGUGGAUGGCCCUGGUCCAUCUGCCGAUAUCACAUUUUCAGCCGAGGCGACCAAGGGCAAACGGAGCGCUGCCAACCUGCCAGUUGAAGCUGAAGAUACCUUGCCAUGGGUUGAAAAGUAUCGUCCAGUAACGCUCGACGAUGUGUCCGGUCACCAGGACAUUCUAGCCACCAUCAACAAGUUUGUCGAGUCGAAUCGCCUCCCUCACCUGCUUCUCUACGGACCUCCCGGCACGGGAAAGACGUCUACCAUCUUGGCCCUGGCACGACGAAUCUACGGCACUGCCAACAUGCGCCAGAUGGUGCUGGAAUUGAACGCCUCCGACGACAGAGGCAUUGAUGUUGUCCGAGAACAGAUUAAGACGUUUGCUAGCACAAAACAAAUCUUUUCCAUGGGCAGCAGUGCAGCCAAGGGCAAUGCGAUUGCAGGGUUCAAGCUGAUCAUCCUGGACGAGGCGGAUGCCAUGACCAACACCGCACAGAUGGCGCUUCGAAGAAUCAUGGAGAAGUACACGGCAAACACACGGUUCUGCAUCAUUGCCAACUACGCUCACAAGCUCAGCCCCGCGCUGCUGUCUCGUUGUACGAGAUUUCGGUUCAGUCCGUUGAAGGAGGGGGACAUUAGGGUGUUGGUAGAGAAGGUGGUGGAGGAGGAAAACGUCAAGAUCCAGGGUGAAGCUGUGGAUGCACUAGUGAAGCUGAGCAAGGGCGACAUGCGAAGGGCAUUGAACGUGCUUCAGGCCUGUCAUGCAUCAAGCACACCAUUGAGACUAAAGAACGAACCGAAACCGCCGGAAAGCGAGAUCAAGCGCGAGACGAUUACUACCGAAACGAUUUACAACUGCAUUGCGGCGCCUCAGCCCGAUGCCAUCAAGGAGAUUAUGGAGACGCUCCUGAGCACGCCGGACGUGACGAGCUGUCUGAAUACGAUUAAUGCGCUAAAGACAACGCAGGGCCUGGCGCUGGCGGAUAUUAUCACGGCGCUGAUGGAGCAGCUGACGAAGCUCGAGGUGAGCGCAGAGGUUAUGAUUACCUGGCUGGAAGGCCUGGCGGAGAUUGAGCACAGAGUUGCUGGAGGAGGCAGCGAGAUGGUCCAGACGGGAGCGGUGGUGGGAGUUGUGCGAGGAGGAGUGGAAUUGAUGAGCAAAUGA